AUGCCCCCACUUAACAUCUUCCUCACAACUUGGAACACGGGUCUACAAGGAUCCAAAGCCCAAUCUCAAGAUCUAACAAGUUGGUUAUUACCCGUCUUGCAGCGUACGGCGAAUGAUCCGGAACUGCCUCAAGGUAGUAUACCUGAUCUGUAUGUGAUAGGUGUACAGGAACUGUUACCUGUUCAUUUAGCCCUCGCAGGUCUUUCUCGACCCGUCUUGACUAUCCUGACCGAACGAAUACAAUCACUCCUCUCUGCACAUGCCACAUCCCUAUCUCCUGAGAAACAGACUGAAAAAGAAGAAUACACGUUGGUUUCGAGAGUUUCCCAUGUAGGAGUGGCAUUAUGGGUGUUCGCGAGGAGUAAGACGAUAGAGGGCAAAUUGGGGAAAAGUCUAACGUCGAGUUUGGGCUUGUAUUACGGUGGAAUGGGGAACAAGUCUGCUGUUGGAGUUAGGCUGCCUGUGAAGCGGGGUGAAAAUGGGGGAUGGGAGGUAUUAACAUUUGUUAACACCCACCUGGAAGCACACGACCAUAAUAUUCCUCGUCGAAAUACGCAAUACCAAAAUAUCCUUUCCUCCUUGGUAUUCCAACCCUCCAAUCCUCUAGCAGAACCGUACCAGAUAUUCGAUACUUCCCAUCUAUUCAUCAUGGGUGAUCUGAAUUACAGAUUAUCUAAGCGACCUUCAGCAGAAUCACUAAGAGAAGGUGAUGCGAGUGAUGACAUUCAGUUGGAAAAGGAGAGAAACGAGAUGAUCAUGCUGGAUACGCUGAAAAGGGAGCAGAACGCUGGGAGGGUAUUUGUGGGAUUGAGGGAAGGGGAACUGAACAGGUUCGCACCUACUUAUAAGAGGGUUGUAGGUCAGGUAGAGGGGUACAGCAAGAAACGUAUACCAGGAUGGACCGAUCGUAUAUUGUUCGCAUCUCAUACCGAUGAUUCGAGUGGCUCCGACACUACACAGAUCGCGCAUUACUCCUCAACUUCGGAUCUGACGAUAUCAGACCAUAAACCCGUUCAUGCCGUAUUAUCUUUACCUGCUCUUUCCUCCUCCAUUGCAGCUACCGCUCCUCACCUUGCACCUGUCUUACCUACUGCCUUCCCCCGUAUUCCAGCUGCAUCGAAGGAAAUCAUAUGGGCAUGGAAAUUGAUGGGUAUGUUCUUGGACAGGUUGAUAGGUUGGCCAUGGUGCGUUGUUGUGGCUCUUGGAGGAGGUAACGAGCGGACUGGUCUCGGAGUGGGUGCAUUCAUAGCUAUGGUAUGGGGUGUUUGGUGGUCUGGUGUAUGGUCUGGGUGA